AUACUUUUUUAUGUAAUAACAAUAAUAAUUUAUUUCAAUCUAAAUUGCAUAAUUUUAUCUAUUUUCUUCUUUAGUGAUUAAUGAUUUUUCUAUAUUUUUUUAAACAAAUAAAGAAAUAAACUUUUAUCAAACAUAUAAUUAUACAUAAUAAUUGAGGGUUUGGAACUGAUAAAUGCCUGCUACGCGUGCACGUGGUUGAAAGGGACUAUAGGCCUCUCACUGUUACCUGACUGGUAUAGUUCCUUUCAUCCGUUCCAGAGUCUCUAUUAUUACAAACAAUAAAACAUUUAAUUAUUUUUAUAAAUAAUUUUAUCAAUGAAAUUCGAAAUAUUCAUAAUUUUUACAAAAAAAGUUAUAAAAUUGCGAAUUUAAAAAAAAUUGUAAAAAAAAGAAAAUUAGGAUAAAAAAAUUUUUGUAUUAAAACUGUACAAAAGAAUAAUUGUUGUGCAUUGUAAUAUAUAGAAUUGUAAUAAAUUAAGGCAAAUUAAACGAAAAACCAAAAUGAUUUUUUUGGAAGACAAUUAUCCAUUAAUUUUUAUUUUAUUUAUUUAUUGUUAAAUAUUUUUUAUUAUUAUUUUAAUUUUGUAUAUUUUUUUGGAUCGACUCCCUGAAAAGGAAAUCAUUUAGAUUUCAAAACGUUGGAGUAAAUAAAUAUUUUAUUCAUUGUCCGAAUGUUUUCGUUUAAUUUGCCUUAAUUUAUAAGGGAUCUCGGACGUUAAAGAUUAUUUAACUAAGAAUUAUAAUAAAUGUAUUUAGUGUUAUAACAGAGGAAAAUAUAAUAAAAUAAUAGAAAUAUUAAAUCAAAUUUUUCAUUAUCAAAUCAUUUUACGUUUUUUUGCAAAAAAAAUGUGUAAAAAAAUUUUUUUUUCAAUUAAAAAACUUGAAUACAACACGACAUAAUUUAAAAUACACGAAGACUCGCUUUUUAGUAUUUUAUAUGAUUUUUAUCUAGCUGAUAAGAAUCAAUUAGUAGCACGAAUUGUUCAACUUGACUUUAUAACUACAAAGUUUUGUUCAAAAAAGUUAUUUCAUAUUUUUUCAAUAGAGUACUCGUGCACACGUGUCUGUAAAAUAAUGACUCUCUGAUCAAAAAAGUGAAUUUUAAUUUCCAAGAAAAAAAUGGAUAAUCAAAGCUUUACAAAAACUGUUAUUAUACAAUAUGCAGCUGUUAUAACGGCUGCCAUAAUGUCAGCAGGCUACGGUGCAACAAUUUCUUGGACAUCGCCAGCUUUACCAUAUUUGACAAGUGAAGAACGUGACGUUCCUGUAACUGUGCAACAAUUUGAUUUAAUAUCAUCUUUAUCGAUAUUAGGAUGUUUCUUUGGAUUGAUAAUAAAUCCAAAUAUCUUAAAGUAUUUUAGCAAAAAAACAACAAUGUUACUGUACGGCAUACCGCAAGUUAUCUCCUGGUUACUACCAGUUUUAAGUGAAAAAGAACACAUCAUCUGUAUAGGAAGAUUUAUCGGUGGAGUAGCUUAUGCAGGUGGAGUUUGCACCAUGACUGAAUACAUUUUAGACGUAAGCAAUUUCGGCAAUCGUAACAUACUCUUUACAAUUAAUAAUUUUAUACUGUGUUUUGGUUCUUUAUUGCCAAUAUUGUAUAGUUCAUAUUUAUCCUAUCAUCACAUGAAUAUUGGCCUACUAAUGAUGCCAGUUGUUUUUUUUGUUAUUUUCUUAUUUAUUCCCGAGUCGAUAUUUUUUCACGCAAUGAACAGAAGGAAGGAGGAAAUUAUUAGAUCUUUUUCUCAAGAAUCUACGAUGAUGGAUAACAAUGGGAAUGUAACAAAUAGAAUAAAGAAUUCGGCAAAAAGAAAAAAUGUUUCCAAAUUUUGUUGUUUCACGACUGAGGCAAAUAAACCGAGGCAACAUGAUUUUGAAGCAUCAGCAAAAGAUAAAGAACAAAGUACAAAUGGUGAUGUAUCGACAGCUGUAGGAAUUGGAGCAGGAACGAAUUUUCAAUUCGGUACAGAGCAGAAGAAAGACAUUGAUGAUGGUGACAAAAGUAUUGGCAAAAGGGAAUCAAGAAGUAGAAUUGAUGGUGUAAAAACCACUAAAGAUGAUAGUGGCAAUAACUCUAAAGAUGAUAGUCGUGAGGAAACCACUAAAGAUGAUGAUGUCAAUACCACUAAAGAUGAUUAUGGUAAGAACACUAAAGAUGAUGAUGCAAAAACCACUAAAGAUGAUGGUGGCAACAGCACUAAAGAUAUUAGUGGCAAAAACACUAAAGAAGCAGUUUCCGAAAACCUCAUAGAAGCAGCUAGCCAAAGUACCGAACAUACAACUACAGAAUUUGCAAAUACCAAAUGUACAACUACUGAAUUUUUAGACAUCAAAUUAGCAAGCAAAAAAAUCAUAAACGAACCCGAAUCCAAAAUAGAAACAACAAAUUCCAAUACCAUCAUUAACAUUCCCUUCAUAUCAGAAAACACGACAACUUCCACCUCGAAUUUUGAAAAAUCAAACCAAAAUGCUCCCAACCGAAGAGAAUCACUAUUUGUAACAAUAAUAAAACAAAACAAAUUCAACAUCAAAGAAACAAACUUCUGGAAACUGAUAACGCAUCCAAAUAAUCAACGAUCAAUUCUAAUAAUAAUCUGUUUAAACGCCGCCGACAUAUUCUCAGGUCACUAUCCCCUGGUAUCAUAUACCGAACAAUUUCUAACACAUCGCAAUGCAGUCCUAUCACCCGAUAAAGCAUCACUUCUCCUGUCAUUCAUCCGAUUAUUAGCAAUACUAUUAAGUACCCAAAUUGUCGAAAAAAUUGCCAAACGAAAUCUUAUUCUCUACGGUGGAAUUAUUGGUUCAAUAUCACUGAUUCUUGUUGCGAUAUUUUUCUGUCUACACAAUCGAAAUUAUGACAUUUCAUCGAUUAGUUGGUUUCCUAUAUUUUUUUUUACUCUAUUCGAUGUAUCAAAUUCAAUAAGCGUGGGCAAUACACUUUUUUUAUUUCAAGCCGAAUUAUUUGAUGAUAAUGUUAAAAGUUUAGGUAUUAGUGUAACAAGUCUUAUUUACGUAUUAAUGGGAUUUUUGUCAUUAGUUAAAUUUCAAACAUUAAUGAAUUUACUCGGUAUAACUGUUAUAUUAUGUUUUUUUGCAUUUUGCACUAUUUUAUUUCCAGUUAUUAUUUUUUAUAUUACACCCGAAACAAAUGGAAAGUCUGUUGAUGAAAUACAAACUGAACUGAAAAAAAGAACAUGUUCAAAAAUACACUUAAAAAAUUUAGGUAAAGCAUAACCUCAAAAAAAAACUAAAGGCGCUCGCACACCUCUACUGCCAGCAUGAGAGUAAGAGAGAAAAAACAUGAAAUUUGAAUUUUCUGACUUACUUACUCUCAUGUGUUACCAUGACAACUAUGCAUGCAUUGGCAUGCAUGCAGAGCUGUGAGAGCGUCUUAAACAUUAAUAUUAAAAAAAUAACAAGUCAAGAGGGUAAUUUAACCUUAAAAAUUAGGUCUAAAUUUAGGGGUCAAAGACUAUUAUAAUUUUUAUGUCAAAAAUGAAAACUGGUAGAACAUAACUUCAUAAUUUUAGUUAAAAAUUACACGUCAAAUCAUAAUUAGAGGUAAACACAAUUUUUUAAAUAAAUAAAAAAAUUGGACAUAUUGAGACAUCGUAGAGUCGCAAUAAGUAGAGGAAAGAUUUUGAAAAUUUGUUCUUCGUAUUUUAAUUAAAAAAAAAAAAUUUUCAAUAUUUUUUUUAAAUAAAUUGUGAAUAUCGAAAAGGGCUCAACUCGGUUUUUUGAAAUUUUACAGGAGACAAAAAACUAUUUAUUUCAAACAGCUUUAGUCAGAAGAGUUCAGUUUUUUUUGUAGUAAGUAGAUGCUAUUUUAUAUGAGAAAAUGAUAAAAGAAUUGUUCUUAACAACAGUGAGUUGGAGAAAAUUGAUAUUAUAGUUGCCCUUUUCGAAAUACAUAAAACAAAAUUUAAUCGUUUUAAUCAUAAAAAUAUAUUAAUGAAAUGUUUUACUAUCGAGGAAUAAUUUAUUUAUUUAAUUUUAAAAUGUAUUAAAUUUUUUUAACUCAAAAACAAUUCAACAUUAUAGGUUAGAAAACAAACAAUCUUAGAUUAUAAGUCAAAUGAAAAAACACAUUAAUAAAUUUUUUUCGCUAAAAGUACCUCGAAUGAAGUUUUUCUUUUAAAAAAACGUCAAUAGAUAUAUAUUAUGUAAUAAUGCAAAAAAGUGGGAAAAAAUUCAAGUUGAGCCCUUUUCGAAAUUCACGAUUCAAUUGUUUUAAAUACAUUUAUUGUGAUCAGCCUGUAAAAAUACACUAGUAUACGAAUUUUCAGCUAAUUUUAGGUCAAAUAAUAAAGAAAUUAGGGGGAAAAACGUUUUAUCAGAAAUUUUUUAGUUUUUUCUUGACAAUGCUAUGGUCAUUAUUACACAGCAAGUUCACUAUAUUUUUUCUGUAAUAUUCGCGUUAAAAUACUGCGGGAGUAAUGGCAGCCAAUAUUAGGCCAUUAUUGGACCGUUUUUAAUUUUGCACUUAGUGAAUCCCAAAAUGUUUUGUUCUUUAAUGACAAAUACAUCAUUAAUUAUUUCGAAUUAAAAUACAACGUAAAACACACUUUUUUAUUUACUACAGAAAACAAAUUUUCUUUUUUUCGACAAAUACUAAAACAAGAAAAAAUAAAAAUGAUGGAAACUAAAUUUGAUGAACAAUUCCGAGGUGUCAUUUUUAUGCAAUACGUAGCUGGUAUCACGUCCACACUCGUAGCAUUGGGUUUCAACGCAAUGGAAAGUUGGACAUCUCCAGCCCUCCCCUAUCUAACAAGUGAAAAACUAAAAUCACCACUUCAAUCAACAGAUUUUGAUUCCAUUGCCUCUGUAUCGAUACUCGGAAGUUUUUUCGGUUUCAUUCUAAAUCCACUGCUCGUCAAUAAUUUAGGCACAAAAUCAACUCUGCUAAUUUUCGCCAUUCCACAAACAAUAUCAUGGCUAAUGUUAAUUUUCAGCGAAAAUUUAACAAUCAUCUGCCUAUCAAGAUUCAUAAGCGGUCUAGCCUAUUGUGGUGCACUAUCAACACUAGUCGAAUACUUAACAUCAAUAACAAAUUCCACUAAUAGAACCAAAUUUUUCACCAUCAUGAAUCUAUCCUCGAAUCUCGGCAAUUUAUUACCAAUAACAAUUAAUUUAUUUUGCACCUAUCUUCAAAUGAACAUCAUUCUAACGACAAUACCAAUUAUUUUCAUCGUCAUUUUUCUCAUCAUGCCAAAAUCAGACUACUUCAUCGAAAUGAAUAAAUGGAAGGAGGAGGAAGUUAAAAUCAAUUCGUCCAUUACUUCGCCCUACGGAUUCGACACUUUCCGAACAGCUCAAAAGAAUUUUAUAGAUGACAAUAUUUCCCUAAGGAACAAAACAACGACCAAAAUUGACAUUAUCGACAAGGAUUAUUUCAUUCUAAACAAGUUAAAUAAUCAAGAUAAGUUAAUAAUGAAUCACGACAAGUUGAAACUAAAUCAAGACACAAGGAAAAGUUUUUUCAAAAUUUGUCACAAUUUUUUAAAGGAGAAUCAAUUUUUGAAAUUAUUUACCGAACGAAACAAUAGAAAAGGACUUACAAUACUCAUUUGUGCAUGCUGUAUGGAUGUUUUAGCAGGACAUAUACCAAUUUUAAUCUACACCGAACAAUUUUUAACACAUCGUGGAUCAAUUAUAAAUGGUGAUCAAGCAUCAUUUUUAUUAACAAUCAUUAAAGUUGUUGCCGUUCUUCUAAGUACACAAUUUACCGAUAGAAUUGAGAAGAAAAAACUAUUAUUAAUUUGCGGUAUUAUUGGUUCAUUAUCAUUGGGUUUUGUUGGUCUAUUUUUUUUCCUUGAUACACAACAUUAUGACAUUAGCAAAAUUGGAUGGUUUCCAUUAGUUUUUAUAACAAUUUCAGAAAUUGCAAAUGUCAUUGGUAUUGGCAAUGUGUUUUUUGCCUUUCAAGGUGAACUAUUUUCAAAUGAUGUUCAAACAUUGGCAAUCAGUGUCAGUAAUAUUAUGUACAUGAUUAUACAACUUGUCGCACUGAUGAAAUUUCAAGAAUUAUUACAAUUAUUUGGUUCUUCUUUAAUAUUUUGGUUUUUUUCACUAAUGUGCAUUUUAAUGCCAAUUAUUAUAUUUAUCAUUGGACCAAAUACAAAAGGGAAAACAUUGGAGGAGAUUCAGUGCGAAAUGAAAAAAUAAGGAGAUAUUUAUAACAAACCUACUGUAAAUUUUUAUUAUAUAAAUCUUUAUAAAUAUAAAGAUAUUUUGUAGGAAAAUUUUUGUGAUAUUUUAUAUUUUAUGAUUGUUCUAGUCCAAAUAAAUAUAAUGGUUUUUUUAGA